AAGCGACCUCAACCACUUGCCUCCCGAUUUUCUCUCUUUUUAAGUGGGAGACCCCGACUCGCAAUUUCAUCUUUUCCUCUCACAUUUUCUGCCUUUCAUCUAAUCACUUUUGCGCUUUUUCUACAUUUUUCUGUGGUUCUGCGAUCCAUCUGUUUUAGUUUCUAGUCUACAUAUAAAAAUGAAGUCUGAAGGGAACGAACUCCAGGUUCUGGAGAAGUACAACUGUCUCCUUUUUGAUUUAGAUGACACGCUUUAUUCUUUGAGUUCUGGUUUAUCUCAACACGUCACCAAGAAUAUUGAAGAGUUCAUGGUUCAAAAGCUCGGCAUUGAGGAAAGUAAAGUCCCAGAAUUGUGUGUUUCCUUGUACAAGUAUUAUGGGACAACAUUGGCUGGUCUCAGGGCUGUUGGGUAUAAGUUGGACUAUGAUGAGUACCACAGUUUUGUUCAUGGAAGAUUGCCCUACGAUAUCCUAAAGCCUGACCUUGCUCUUAAAAAUCUUUUACACAGUGUGCCAGUUCGAAAAGUUGUCUUCACCAAUGCAGAUAAAAGACAUGCUGGUAAGGUCCUCAGUAGACUUGGGUUAGAGGACUGCUUUGAAGGGGUUAUGUGCUUUGAGACCUUGAAUCACACUAACAAAGGCAAUGAUAAUGUCGAAGAGGAUGAAAAUGCAGUUUUUGAUAUUAAUGAAUAUAGUGCUGCUCCUAAUGCUGGUAUUGCACUUCCAAAGUCACCAGUUGUCUGCAAACCAUUUGAAACGGCAUUUGACCAGGUCUUUAAGAUUGCCAACAUCAACCCUCAGAGAACGUUGUUCUUUGACGAUAGCAUCCGUAAUUUACAGACUGGGAAACGAUUGGGUCUUAACACUGUGUGGGUAGGCUCUUCCCAUCGAGCUGAAGGUGUGGACUGUGCACUGGAAAGCAUCCACUAUAUCAAGGAAGCACUGCCGGAGCUGUGGGAGGCUAGUGAGAAGACUGAAGGUGUAAGGUAUUCAGGAAAGGUUGCAAUUGAGACAUCAUAGCAUAUUAUUAGGUGGACAUUUUCUCAAAUUAAUCUAAUGCGGUCACACAAUGAAAGCUUAUUUGUUUGAAAUCAAAGUUUUCUUUUCCCCUUGUCUGUGUAACAAUAGAGCCAUUGAGCUAACAAUAGAGCCAUUGAGCUAUCACAUUCGUUUCUGUUGUUUUUUGUUUCCCUGCUUUAUAGUUUAGCUGAUCUUAGCUUGCUGUAUUGGGGCCUGUAGUAGGGUUGGCUCUCCUUCAUGGUUGGUUUGAAAAAUAUGAAUCUCAGUUUAUGCGAGGGAGAAUUAAGUUCA